UACCCUCAGAUUCUGGCAUACGGAAGUCAUGUUUAAAAAGCUGCUCCCUACGUUAGUAGUCUCUCUUCUAGUUCUGGGGCCCAUUUUCUAUUUUUCACAGAUAAGUGAUAGACUGCGUACAUCCUUACCCAUUUUCCAUUCGCUCAAUAGCCGGGAAUGGGGCACAAAUGAGACAAUACAGGAAAACAAACAAGCGACAGAAGCGUUGCCGACUGCAUGCAGCCCUCGAAAAAAGUUUGUCUUCAUCAAAACCCACAAGACCGGUAGCUGCACUGCAGCGGUCAUUGUUCGCAGAUACGCCAUCUAUCACAACCUGACGGUACUGUACCCAGCCGUGGCCAGCGGGCCCAACAUGCUCGCCUGGCCAUUUCAACCCGCGGAAGAGGAUUACAUCCACACCCCAGACGAACAGUAUGAUGCAAUAGUGAACCACAUGCGGUACAAUAAAAUAUGGCUACGCUCCAAGUUCCCUGCCGAUACUGCCUACUUCUCCAUCAUCAGAGAGCCAACCGGUCAUUUGAAGACCGCCAUGAAUUACUACAGUCUCCCCAAGUUAAUGAAGAUCAAGUCUAAGAACCCUGUCCAGACGUUUCUGCAGGACCCGUGGAAGUACAAGGACCUGUCUGAGGCUUACUUUGACUUCUGUAACAUGACCUGGGACGGCACCAGGAACCACCAGGCGUUUGAUUUAGGAUACCCUACUAAGGCAGCUGACGACAUGGAACGAGCUCGAAAAUACAUCGGUGAGCUAGAAGCCGACUUCACCACAAUGUUAAUACUGGAACACCUGGACGAGUCUCUAGUUCUCCUCAGACGUCUGAUGUGCUGGGAGGUGCGAGACGUUCUGUACGACGUCGCACCGAAGAACAGCCGAAACUACUCCUACAAGAAAUACGUCCCCACCGCAGAGGAACUCGCCAACCUCCGCCGGUGGAAGGCCGUGGAUUACUUACUGUAUGACACGUUCAACGCCUCCUUGUGGAGAAAGAUUGCAGCACAGGGUCCGGAUUUCUAUAACGAACUUCGUUACUUCAAGGAGGUGAAUAAACGCGUCAGUACGUACUGUCAUGACAGGAAGAAAGGCGAACCCAACCUCACAGUGGUAGCGUCCAAGUGGAACUCAGAGUUUCAAGUAGACUCUUAUAUCUGCAUGCUCAUAAAGUCACCGGUAUCACCGCUUAUGAAGUAUAUACGAAAAGACACUCCUGACGGAAGAAAAGGGUAUGACAUUCUGCCACCUAGAUCAAACAUGAAAGCGAUCAUCCAGGGACAACCCACCUUCAAGUACACCAUUGAACGGAAAAAGUAUCUUGAGUCCAAAGCCCAUCGCAAGCGCAAGCGGAAACGCACAGGCAUCUAACACUUUAGCACUAACUGUCAGAUUAUGUGUCAAUAUUGUUUUGUCUCUAAUAGACUUUCCACCUGGAGAAAUUGAAGAUAGCUCUACUACCUCGACUUCCCAUGCAAUGAACGGGAAAAUGGACAGGUGAACAGUUAGAGGUGCUUCGAAUAUGUAGUUAAUGGACGGCAUAUGGUAUCGUGAUCGUAUAAUAAUUCAUACAUUUUGUACUUAAUAAACCCAUGGCCUGUUGUUUUCCAUGGCAAAUUAUUAUCCAAAGUGUGGUAUACAAUAUCAUUUUGCAAAAAUUCUCUAUUGUCACAAAUAAAGAAAUAAAUGAAUACGACAACUCAA